AUUGAAGAACAAAGGCUGUUUGGUGAUAAGGAUGCCAUCUAGUCUAUUAUUUGAUUGGUGGGUUACACCAUAUCAUUAUUGUGACAUGAAUUAGCCAAUUUUUCCUUCUCAGAUCCUACUCCAGUCUCGCUUCCCUCUGGUUUUAUCUCUCUCUAAACCCUAAACCUUUGAAUCUCUCUAUCUUCGAUCAAAGCCAGACUGGACACAAAAUGGAAGUGAUUUAGGGUUUUAAGGAUUUCCACAACCAAUAUUUGCAGCGAUGGAGGUAGAUAAGGAGACUUCUCCCAGCUACUUUGACCCCGAAGAUCUCAGCACCAGAGAGCGCAAUCGUCGUUAUGGGAAAAGGUACUCAACUUCCAGUCACGACAAUUCAGUUUCUUUCAGUGGAACCAGGAUUUUGUAUGAUGGGCAGAGCAUUGAAAGGUGGCCAAACGCUGCACUUUUUCUUGAAGAUAUCAAACAAGAGGUUGAGAGCUUUGAUGCUGAUCAAUUAGAAGGAGCACCUUCAAAGACACAAUCUGCUUUGUGGAGAAAAUCAUUGGUUGGCAGUCGUGGUGUAUCUGAGUUGACAUUCUGUGUAUCACAGGGUUGAUGCCUAUCCCUGAUCUGAUAUUGCAAUUUGAGAGAUCUUGCCGCAAUGUAUCAGAGCCAAUAAGGUAUGGAUCCAAUGAAAGACAUAGAAUUGUGGAGGAUAAGUUGAUGAGGCAGAAGGCUUGA